AUGGAUUAUGCACCGCAAGAGAACGAAAAUUCAUUCCGCUACUCUAUGUCAGAGUAUGAAGACGACGAUGAUACUUCAAUCGCCAAUAGUUCCGGUACGGCAAUUCACCACCGUGGUCGUCGGCCGCAACCUACGGUAAAUGGAAUACCGCGCGAAAACGGGAUAUACUUUGGGUCGGCAUCAGAUCUCUCACUUCCGCGAGAAAUAACGUUGAGCGAGUUUCUCAGGGACGAAAGCGGCCCCAUACGAGACGGCCCAACUUGCCAGUACAGCUUUGGGAGCCAACAGUCUUCUUCACCCGAACACACUUCUUCAAGUGCUUCGGCAAACCGCGACAGGGAAGACCGCAGCGAUGAUACGGGCAUUGAGAUUGACGGACAGUGGUUCUACUUAAUACCGUCUGCGCGAUUGACUCGACCCUCGACUGCACCCGCUCAGAGUGGUACCCCAGUGUCCAAACCCAAGCUUGUCAGUUAUUCUGAGCGUCCCGGAUCUUCACGUUCGACCAUUCCUACAGUAUCCCAGCUUGAGGAUAGCGACACCGCAACCCGACUGCCGGCGAGGAAUUCUACAGACCGAGCAAUCCUCGAUCAACCACAAGAAAUUCUGAACUCGUCUCUACCGAUCACCAAACCAGCCGGAACGCCCCAUCCAAGGCCUUCUGCAAAUUCUCGGCGUAGUUCGAAAGGGUUCGAUAGCGAGGUGUACGUGACGCGACUCGGCGAACCGCAUCCGCCAGUGCAGGAGCCUGUACAGAAGCGACGGGGCCUACGACGAUGGUUAUGCUUUAAGCGUCCACAUUUCAGGCGAGGAAGGAUUGGCAGCCCGCAUUGA